AUGGCGCGAUGUAGAAAUGGUGGUCGAGGGGGGCGUAUACCCGGCAGAGUAGGUCUAAGUGGAAAGGGCUGCCGUCUUGCAAAGAAAGGUGGCGUGAUCCGUGGUCUCAACGGCGGAACUGCCAGAGAGGGAAAAGGUGAACAAGUUGCUAAUCCAGACGGUCUGAGAGGUGGUCUUACCCGAACCCCUCCCGAUAGUAAUCCCGAGAGUGACGAUCCUGGAAGUCCUCUGGGUAACCUAUUAAGAGGCAUUCGAUUCUGGACUGGCGGAGGAACUGGAGGACGAGGUCGUACCAUUGGUGUCCCUGCACGUAGUGUCAAAGCUGGUGAGUUUGCAGAUGCCUAA